GGCUUCCGUGGCAAGCAGCCCUAGAGGAAUGGCCGUCCUGUCCCUGCGAGCCCCUGGGCCCUGGCAGGCGAUCCAGGAAGAAGGAGGAGUGAUGUUGGGGCAGCCUGAUUUCUCCUGUGUCCUGGGUGCUCCCUGGGAGACUGGGGAGGUGCUGGCACCGGGUGGCCGCCUCUGACUCCGUGACUCACCCAAAGUCAUCAGGAGCCAUCAGUCCUGUGUGUUCUGCAGUUUUCUGAGCCUCCGGGUGGGGAAAGAGCAGUUCUUGAUCCUGAGCUUCUGCCACGUGGAGAACUAGGCCCCUCCUGCCUGUUUCCUGGGCUCCUGAGACACAGAGCCGUGGGCCUGGUUCAGUUCGUGUUGCUCAUCACAGGAUCAGAACCCAGGCCACAGAGUCUGGAUGCAUUCUGUGUGUGCUGGCAGGGAAUCCUCCCAAGAUCCCCCACUCCUGGGCAUGGGGAAGGUGGGCCCUACUCGCUCACAUGUGGCAGAGCAGGAAUGGGCCCUGGCACUGUCCCCAAGUGUCCAACCCCGAGUCUUGAGACAGGGGCUGUGGUUUCAGGGUGCUCUGACAAGAAAGCACCUUUGGUUGGGGCCCAGGAAGGAGGAACACGCUUCUGGGAGGUCUGUCUCACAUAGCAGGUGGAUAGCAAGCUAGAGCGGGGCUGAGUGAGUAUCUGGGGCUGAGGCCCAGAGAGGGUCCCAUAGGUGGCUCUAGGACUGGAGCUCUGCAACGUCGGGCCAGAGGACCCCGUGCUGGGAGGCAGGGAGCUUGGGCCCCUCGGAUGGGCCACGUGCCCUCGUGGGACCCUCAUUGUCACCGUGAGCUCUUUCCAAGGGGACGCCACCAGUGGGGGCCUGGGCAGGAGGCAGCUGAGGUGUUUCAGGAAAAGGUUGAAGAUCAAGCCUGUGGUGUGAGGACUACCCACUUUAGGGAAGUGAAAGGCCAGCCUCACCCCACACACCCCAGUGUGGUUGGGGAAAGGGGGUGGUCUGUGGUGAGCCUGGUACCUGGGGACUCAUCCUGGCCCUGCCUGGCCCUCAGGUGGGAUGCUAUGGAAUAUGAUGAGAAGCUGGCCCGGUUCCGGCGGGCCCACCUCAACCCCUUCAACAAGCAGUCUGGGCCGAGGCAGCACGAGCAGGGCCCUGGGGAGGAGGCCCCGGACGUCACUCCUGAAGAGGCCCUGCCUGAGCUGCCCCCUGGGGAGCCGGAGUUCCGCUGCCCUGAACGCGUGAUGGAUCUCGGCCUGUCUGAGGACCACUUCUCCCGCCCUGUGGGUCUGUUCCUGGCCUCUGACGUCCAGCAGCUGCGGCAGGCGAUCGAGGAGUGCAAGCAGGUGAUUCUGGAGCUGCCGGAGCAGUCGGAGAAGCAGAAGGAUGCCGUGGUGCGACUCAUCCACCUCCGGCUGAAGCUCCAGGAGCUGAAGGACCCCAAUGAGGAUGAGCCAAACAUCCGAGUGCUCCUUGAGCACCGCUUCUACAAGGAGAAGAGCAAGAGCGUCAAGCAGACCUGUGACAAGUGUAACACCAUCAUCUGGGGGCUCAUUCAGACCUGGUACACCUGCACAGGGUGUUAUUACCGCUGUCACAGCAAGUGCUUGAACCUCAUCUCCAAGCCCUGUGUGAGCUCCAAAGUCAGCCACCAAGCUGAAUACGAACUGAACAUCUGCCCUGAGACAGGGCUGGACAGCCAGGAUUACCGCUGUGCUGAGUGCCGGGCGCCCAUCUCUCUGCGGGGUGUGCCCAGUGAGGCCAGGCAGUGCGACUACACCGGCCAGUACUACUGCAGCCAUUGCCACUGGAACGACCUGGCUGUCAUUCCUGCACGCGUUGUACACAACUGGGACUUUGAGCCUCGAAAGGUUUCUCGCUGCAGCAUGCGCUACCUGGCGCUGAUGGUGUCUCGGCCCGUGCUCAGGCUCCGGGAGAUCAACCCUCUGCUGUUCAACUACGUGGAGGAGCUGGUGGAGAUUCGCAAGCUGCGCCAGGACAUUCUGCUCAUGAAGCCGUACUUCAUCACUUGCAGGGAGGCCAUGGAGGCUCGUCUGUUGCUGCAGCUCCAGGAUCGGCAGCACUUUGUGGAGAACGACGAGAUGUACUCUGUCCAGGACCUCCUGGAUGUGCAUGCCGGCCGCCUGGGCUGCUCACUCACCGAGAUCCACACGCUCUUCGCCAAGCACAUCAAGCUGGACUGCGAGCGGUGCCAGGCCAAGGGCUUCGUGUGUGAGCUCUGCAGAGAGGGCGAUGUGCUGUUCCCGUUCGACAGCCACACGUCUGUGUGCGCCGACUGUUCCGCCGUCUUCCACAGGGACUGCUACUACGACAACUCCACCACAUGUCCCAAGUGUGCCCGGCUCAGCCUGAGGAAGCAGUCGCUCUUCCGGGAGCCAGGUCCCGACGUGGAGGCCUAGCGCUGAGGAACGGUGCUGGGCACCCCGCCUGGCCCGCCAGGACCCGCCCUGCCAACGUCAAGUUGUUCGUUCUGCUCUGGAGACCCCUGGGGUGCGGCCCCUGGACCCCUGCACCCCUGCUGGGCCAGAGCGGGUGGGCAGUGUCAAGACCCGCUGUCUCCCAGGUGCUUGCUGGGACUCGGGGUGGCCGCACCUGGCUGUCACCUGGGUGUGCUGCUGUGAGGGGUCCUUGUGUGGCCCCCAUCCUUCCCCCAAUGCAGAACUCCAUGGGCAGGGAGUUGGGGGGACGUUUCACCUCCCCCAUGGCACAGAGCCCUCCACACCCCUGGACCAGGGCAUCCGGGCCUAGAGAUUCCACAGCCCCCGUCCUGGCCACCCUGGAAACUCAUCAGGCCAAGACCCCGAGAGAGCUUCAGAGGAGUGUUGAUAACACCUACGGAUGCGGCUGCAAACACCCAGCCAAGGGCCGAGUCACCUGCCGUGGGGUUUCGGCUCUGUCUGGAGGCUCCAUCCCUUUCAGCCACUCGUCGCCUUGGGGAUUUCUGGUUGUCCCCAGCUGGGGCUGUUCACAGUUGUCACCUGUAGACCUGCCUCUCCCUGGCCUGAGGUUCAAAGGCCUCAUAGGGUGGUCAGUCCAGUGGGGUUACCUGUUUCUGUACAACAGCAGGGAAGGGGGCCAUGGAGCUUUUCCCUGCUGGGUGCUCCUGCCUUGGCCCAGCCCACCUUUCCUGGUGCUCCAAGCUAGGAGGCCGUGGCCCCAGCCUGAGGAGGGUGUCCUGGCCUCCAGGUGUGGUGCAGGGACUGUGCGCUCUGGGGAGGUUCCAGUUAGGCGAUGGGAUCCUGCAGUGGUCUGGUGGCAUUUCUUGGAACCAGAUUUGCCUGAGGAGCUCUGUUCUGCUGCCUGUGGAGGGCUCCAGAUAGCUCAGAAAUGACCAGCCACUGGCCUUUUGUUUGGGGGCCUGAGGUCAAGAGCUGAGAGUAUUCGCUCGACUGAGCCCAUUCAGGAAGAUCAGGGCAGGGGCGUGUGGGAGGUCCCUCACUCCACAGGACAGAGGCCCCUGGACAGCAGAGGAAACCUAUAGCUCUGGGUGGGGGGACACUUGGCUUUGGUGUUUGCACUUUACAGAAGCUGCGGUCCACGAGGGGCCUCAGGAGAGGACGUGUCAGGACGUGGCUUCCCAGCCUUCUGCCUUGGGCAGUGGGGGCGCUCCUGUCCGUCCUUUUCCCCCACACCCUGGACUGUGCUUGGCUGUUGGUGCACAUGGUUGGCACACACGGUGGUGGGCAGAGGGCAGAGAAUGCCACUGCUUGGAUAUUUGUCCCCUUUGACCAGGAAACCCAAGAGGAGACACCUCAGCAGAAAGGCUGCCCGGCUCACUGGCUCAUUCCAGGAGUGGGAGAGACGGCAGGGUCUCCUCUUUGCCCUGCGCCAUCAGGAAGGGGAUGGAGUCCUCUCCCCACCGUGGUGGCUUUAGGCAAGGUUCUUACUGUCUGCUCUGCCUCGGUUUCCCCAUCUGGAAAAUGGGGGCAGGGGUACUGACCUACCUCAGGUGGAACGGUGAGCAGGGAACAUGUCGGAGUCCUUUAGAGAGUGUGAUGUGAGGUUGGAUCAACAGUGUGGGUUCCUGCCCUGCUUCCCCUUCCUCUUUGGGGCUGAGGAGGGGGUUAAAGGCCAAAUGCUGUUUCCCAGCACCCCAAAGUCUGCACACGUCUCAUGAAUGCAUCACAUUUCUGUCAUAUGGAUAUUAGCUAUUCUGAAAUCUGUGUAAUCAACUUCACAUUAUUCAAGUUACAAAUCACUGUGUCCAUAGAAAAACUGUGCUGGUAUUUGCUAGACAAAGGGUUGGACCCCUUUUAUUUUUACCUGCCACCCAGCAUCUCCCCCACCUGCCCCUUCUGGGUGACACAGUCUGUAAACAGAAUCACGUAUGGGUCUUUCUGUGGGUCCGUAGCACAGCAGGAAGAGCCCGGUGCCGCCAGUACCUCGUGGAAGACCACACGUGGGUGGUCCCACAGCGUGGGACCAAGGUGGCCUGAGGGAUGCCCAGUGGUAACAAUGCUGCUGUCACUGUCUCAUUAAAUGUAUGUCCUUUA